AUGGGAGGGAAGAAAAUACGUAUUCACAUCAUUUCUAUAAUCUUCGGAUCAUUGUGGUUAAUAGGUUUCAUAUUUUUGAUAAGACAACAAUAUUACGUUUCUAAUUUACCUAUAGUGACUUGUGACACGGCUCCAUGGAACGAUUGGCCAGUCGAUACUUGUGGACUGAAUGCGAGGGAAUGUACACUUGAUUGGUUUGGGGUCGGGAAUGAAGUUGGAAUCGAAAUUAGAUGUAUGGGAGGAUGUAAAGAUGUCGUACUUGGUAAUGAGAGAUGGGUAGGGGAUAAAAGAGUUAAUGGUGUACCAUUGGUUAUUGGUGGUGAAGGGGUUUAUCGCGCCGAUUCAUGGUUAUGUGCAUCAGCACUUCAUUCUUCUCUCAUAUCACCUUUUAUGGGAGGUUCCUUCCAAAUAACCCCUACCAUAUAUCCUUCUUCCCCAUCUUCCUCUCCUCCCAACCCGACCAUCUCUACUUCCACAAUAAACGACAUAACCCCUAUCCCAUUCUCCCCUCCUUUUCCAGGCGGUUUCAUCCUAUCCUCUCUAUCAUCACAAGGAACAUCAGAUCUUCAUCCUCUAAUAUCAACUUACAAUGCCAUUUCCCUUUUCCUUUUCACACUUUUCAUUCCUUCACCUCCAUAUCUUUUCUCCAUACUUCUCCUCCUUGGAUUUCUCCAGAUAGUACUUAUUUCCGACCUACCUUCCAUCCCACCAGAUUGGUCAUACAUCAUAGCUUCCGCCCUUCCAGUGGCAUUAAUAGGAUAUUGGAUCUACAAAGUAUCGUUUAAACGUACAUUAUUUGGAUUCUCACAAUUACCUGUUGAAUUAGCUUUGUGGCAAGGUUUAGGUUAUUGGAUAGGGAUAGAAAGUAAUGAUAUUUUCUCAAAAUUACCUAUCACUAGAUUAGCUGAAGGAGGUUUUGAUGGAGCUAAGAAAGGUGGAGUGGUUUUGUUGGUCGUGAUUUGUUUGGUGGGAUUAGGGGUGGUGGUUUUACAAUUUAAAGCUUUGAGGUCGGUAGGGUUGAUCAGGUUUUAUUUGAUCAGAUACAUACCUCUAGGUCUUUUAAUACUUCUCAUAGCUCUCCUCCCCACUGGUUACUCGGUUCAUAUACAUCAUUACAUGUUAGCUCUACUUUUAUUCCCGAUAUUCAGUCUACCAACGAGAAUAUCACUCAUUGGUCAAGCUUUCGCUUUGGGUUGGUUCCUUGAUGGAAUUGGGAGAUGGGGAUGGGAUUCUUUACUUGAAACCAAGGCUCAGCUUGUCGGAGAUGCCUAUCUAGGUUCUCUCACACCUACUUUUUUCCCAGUGAACCAAACUACCAUCUCUUGGUCCGGUCUGAACGAAGCUCUUGUAUCAAUAGGAAUAACGGGAUAUUCCGUCCUGAUAGAUGACGUAUUACGUUUAUCCAACGUCAGUAUAACAGAGGAAAGAAAAGGGAUAUCAAAGGAACGAAAAGAGAAUAUGCUGACGAAACAAAAGUACUUUGCAAACAAUACCUCUUUAGAUUACAUAGAUCCCAUUUCAGCAUGGUGGAACGGUACUUUUCCUUGA